AUGGCCCUCAAAGUUAGUUUGUAUGAGCUGGCAGACCUUUCCAUAGGGACUCCGGAGAUCGGCGUUGUCAAUUUUAAUGCCCUGCAUACUCUCCUCCAUGCCCUCCUCAGACAUCUUAAACUUGAGGAUAUUUUCACUGAGAUUAAGCAGGACUGGGGCGCUCCACCCCCACCAGCCUCCGUUCUUGAGGAACGGGUGUCUGUUGAGAAGGGACUUGAGGAUGUGACUAAACCGCCCAGGGAAGGUCCUGCUCGGCUGGCUGACUUGGAAAAGAAACUGCUUCUGUUGGAGAAUAACCUCCAGGGUGUGGAGGGUCAGGUCCGUGGUGUGGAGGAUCAGGUCCGUGGUGUGGAGGAUCAGGUUCAGGGGGUGCAAGACAGUGUACAAGGGAUGGGUAAAAAACUGAAAGGGUUCCAGAAACAAGUCACUGGUCUGGAUAGGCUGCCUUCCGGGACUGACUUGCUGGAGAAGACCAAGAGCGGCAGUGGCACUGCAGUGGCCGACAUGUGGCAAAUGAUGCAGAUGCAGAAGAAGGUGGAAGCCAACGAGGAAGGCAUCGCACAGGCCAUGGCUCUGCUACAGGACAUUUUGAAUGAAACAAGCAACAUGAAAUCAAAUACAGCCAACUUGGAGGAGGAUGUACAAAAAGUCAAGGAUCACUUAGCCUUGAUAGACCCCCAGGCAUUUGAUGAUCGGCUACGGUCCUGCUUAAGUGAUCAGAUGAGUUUGGAUCAUGAUGUGAAAGAUUUAGAGAAAAGGCUAAGCCGAUUUCCUUCCCCAGAGGAAAUGAACAAUAUGGUACGCUGGGAAGUUCUGGAGGAUGUCCUUUUGAAAGGCAAGAGGAGCCCGAGUCCUGAGACAAGUCCAACCUCUGGUUCAGCCUCUCCUCAAGAUGGCAAAACCUCUGGAACUCCAGGAAUGCAGGCUGGUUCAUCUCGAAGAGAAGGAGCACCAGGGACUCCACAGGCUACUGGUGUCCCAGGAGUUCAGCCAGGCAGGCAACCUGGUGUUGCUGGGGCUGAAGAGGCCCAGGUGGGAGCAGCUGGUGUUCCAGCAGGUGUGCCUGGAGCACAUCCAGGAGCUGCCUAUCCAGGGGCUCAGCCUGGCUACCCCAUGAUCCAACCAGGAGCUCCUGGAGCCCAGGCACCCUACCCUGGAGCACCUGGGGCCUAUCCUGGGGCUCCUGGAGCCCAGGCACCCUAUCCUGGAGCUCCAGGGGCCCAGGCACCCUACCCUGGAGCUCCAGGGGCCCAGGCACCCUACCCUGGAGCUCCAGGGGCCCAGCCUGGAACUCCUGGAACCCAGGCACCCUACCCUGGAGCUCCAGGGGCCCAGCCUGGAACUCCUGGAACCCAGGCACCUUACCCUGGAGCUCCUGGGACCUACCCAGGUGCCCAAGGACCCUAUCCUGGAGCCUACCCAGGCACACAAGGACCGUAUCCUGGAGCUCCUGGAGCCUACCCUGGCGCCCAAGGACCAUAUCCUGGAGCUCCUGGAGCCUACCCAGGCGCCCAAGGACCCUAUCCUGGAGCUCCUGGAACCCAGCCUGGGGCUUCCGGGGCUCAUGGGGUCCAGCCUGGGGCUCAGCCUGGAGUUCCUGGGGGUGAGACAGUGUAUCCUGGAGGUCCACCUGGAGUUUCUGGAGCUGGCUAUCCUGGUGCCCCUGGGGCUGAACCAGGAGCUCCUGGGGCCCAGGAAGGAUAUCCUGGUGACCAGCCUGGUGUUCCUGGGGUGCAGACAUACUAUCCUGGCGCCCAAGAUGCAUAUCUUACAGGCCAGUAUGGGCAGCCUGCUCCUGGAACACAGAUUGCAGGUCUACUGACGGUGCCAACAGGGCCUUCCUUAGGUCCUACACCCCCAGCAUCGCCAGCAUUAACUCCUCUGCAAUAUUCGGAGUCUCCCAUGUCUGGAUCCAGUUUGGCCCCAGCUCGCUAUGCCGAGACUGUGGAUGCCCUUCGCCAGAUGGCCCAGCUGACUGACCUCUACUAUGCCUUGAGAGACCAGAUCAACAAGCUGGAGCAAAACAAAUGUGGUCAAUCUGAUCUCCAGAGGCUGCAAGACUUGCUCACCAACGCAGUUGAUAGGAGCCUUGCCAACAUCCCACCCAACCUUAAUGAACAGCUUGCUGUACUGAAGUCCAUGGAAGACAACAUGAGAGAUGAAAAAGAGAAGAUAGACAAGAUUCAGAGAAUUAUUGAAGGAGAUCUGGCGGCAGUGCCACUCACAGAUGCUACGCCAGUGGAGGGAGCUGGUCAGAUCAACAUGCAGAUAGGUUAUCUCAGAGGAACAGUGCAGGAGAUAGAGAAAGAGCUAAAGGAGCUGAGAGACAAGCAGGAUAAGGGGAAAGCGACACUGGAGCAGUCGGUGACCGACACUGCCCUUGACUUACAAGAACAGUUAGACAAGCUUAGAUCGGUCAUGGAGAACAUGAUGGCCUCUUCAUCCACCUUGCUGUCCAUGAGCAUGCCACCUACUCCAGAACCUGGGGUGGCUCAGGUCCAGCAGAGCACAUGCGCAGCUUGCAGCUUAGAUGUCAGUGAGAAAGUAAGCCAGCUGUUCAAGCGUUAUGAGCAGCUGCAGGAUUCAAUAAACAAGUUCAUGUUGAGGCAGGCAGAAGGCAAAAUGGCCAAGAAACCCAAGGAGCGCCAGGAGGAAGAGAUGCUCAACAACAUCCAAACGACUAUCCUCCAAGUUCAAGAUGACUGUGAGAAGCUGAACACCACGACAAGCACUCUCAUAGAUGAUCAUCACCAGAAGCAGAGAGAGAUCAGUAUGUUGUUCAAGUCCCUGGAGAAGCUAGAAAAAGAUAAAGCUGACAAAGACCGGAUUGUGAUGGAGAUCGAUGUGAAAGCAGAUAAGACUGCCCUGGCUGCAAAGGUCAGCCGUACCCAGUUUGAUGCCACCACAGAGCAGUUGCAUAAGAUGAUGCAAGAGCUGCUAAACAAGAUGGCUGGGCAAGAGCAAGACUGGCAGAAGAUGCUUGACAAACUCUUGAUGGAAAUGGACUCCAAGCUGGACCGUUUGGAACUGGAUCCAUUCCGGCAGCAGCUGGAGGAGCGAUGGAAGGACAUCCGAAAACAGCUAAAGGAGAGGGUGCCACAAGACGAAGGAGAUGAAGCCGCUGGGAUCCGGAGGAGACUACUGGCUCAUUUCCACUGUAUUUCUUGUGACCGGCCUUUGGAAAUGGUGGUGCCUGGCCCGCACAUCACGACACUGCCUGCUGUUCCAGGGUUACCUGCUCACCAGUCCCUCCGACCUUACAUGGUUUAUGAAUUGGAACAAAUACGGCAAAUCAGCCGCAAUCUGAAGUUAGGACCUGGUUUUCGCUUUGAUGCGUUAGAGAAGGCGGCGAGUCUCAACAAGCUACGGCGCAUCCAUUCCAAGAUGCUCAUGGAGAUACAGAAGGUGCAGAGCCAUUAUGGUGGAACACCGAAGGGCAACACCCAGAUGAUCAGGGAUUUACUGCAGUCCCAGUGUCUCGGGUCCAGCCAGUAUAGCAAACGAACUCCCGAGAUGACAGACUACGGCUAUGUAAGCGUGCCUCGUCACUGUGGAGGCAGCCACACCCUCACGUAUCCGUACAGGCGCUACGGCCGACUGCAGCAGUUAGCCCAGUGUAUGCCUCCAGUACAUCCAGAAGAAAACACCAUGCUGGCAAUGAUGAAGCAUGAAGAAGUGGAUAUAUUGGGCCUGGAUGGUCAAAUCUACAAGGGACGGAUGGAUACACAGCUCUCAUCCAUUACAGCAAAGGACAAUAUUCCAAGAAUGAAACCCAAGCUAAUUCGAUCUUCCUCCCAAAGGCAUCCACCAACCCUCCCCGACAUCACCAGCCUCCCAGUUCGUCCCCACACUGCCAGAGGGUCUUUGCGCAGCUUGUCAGCUAAGUCACUAGGUGAGAAGUCGGUGAUGUCCCCGAAUGCUUUAAGGGGCACGGAGGACCCUGGAAUGCAGGACAGAGAAACAUUAGAGCUACGCAUGGAAAUCCCCUCGCGCCAAAGAUCCAAUGAGCAGUCGGCUUAA